AAGAAGCACGAGGAAGCCCAACAGGAAGUUUAGCUGUACGUACGUACGUACGUUAGUGUGUUUAGUUUCUAGAGCGAUGAUGGCGGAGAACACAGACGGAGAGAGUGCUGGACUCGGGGAGAACAGGAUGGUGUUACAGCAGGCUUUACAUUUUCAUAGCCCUGCUCCACCACCUACCACAGUUUUGCGAGGACCUCCACCAUUACUACGACCCCCGCCUCCACCCUUUGGCAUGAUGAGAGGACCCCCACCACCCCCUAGACCCCCUUUUGGCAGACCACCGUUUGACACCAAUAUGCCACCUAUACCCCCACCUGGAGCUUUGCCCCCACCCAUUGGACCCCCACACCUGCAGAGGCCACCGUUCAUGCCCCCACCAAUGGGUAACAUGCCCCCUCCUCCUGGCAUGAUCUUUCCACCUGGAAUGCCUCCAUCGCCAGGAACUGGAUCUGUUUCAAGCAUGACUAGUGAGGAAAUCUGGGUAGAGAACACCACACCAGAAGGAAAGGUAUAUUACUACAAUGCUCGGACACGUGAGUCAGCCUGGACCAAACCAGAGGGAGUAAAGAUCAUCCAGCAGUCGGAGCUCAAUCCUCUAAAGGCAGCUCAGUCCGGAGGAGCUGCAGCAGCACCUAACACCGCUGCCUCUACUCCAGCAAGCAGUGCAACUACAGCUGUGUCCGAGCCGGUCUCCAUUCAGAGCCUGUCCCCCACCUACACCCUCAGCACCAGCCCUGACCCCAGCACCAGUCCAGCCCCCACUGCCUCUCAAUCCUCCACCACGUCUGUUGUUUCUGAGAUGCCUCCAGUGGCCUCCACACCUCCUGCAAGUGUAGGUGUGACCUCUGUUGCCGUGGUCAGUGUUCCUACAGUAACUGCUACAGUCACUGCAGUGCAGACAAUGCCGCUUAUGCAUCAAAGUCUCCCUCCUGGCCUGCCCAUGGCCCAGCCGGCUCCUGCAAUCCCAGCAUUUCCCCCGGUCAUGGUACCUCCAUUCAGAGUGCCUCUACCUGGCAUGCACAUCCCACUGCCUGGUAUGCUCCCAGGGAUGGCCCCUCCUCUUGUACCCAUGAUGCAUCCCCAGCUAGCUAUCACUGCAUCUCCUGCAUCUCUUAUGGGGGCUCUACCACUUCCGGAAUGGUCUGAGUACAAAACAGCUGAUGGGAAGAUGUAUUAUUAUAACAAUCGCACUCUUGAAUCCACCUGGGAAAAACCUGCUGAGCUAAAAGAGAGAGAUAAGGACCGUGACAAGGCUAAAGAUGGCCAUAACAAUGAUUCAGUUUUAAAGAAUAUAGACAUGGAAGCCAAAGCGGACAACUUUGGCAUUUCUAAAGAGUUGCCCAGGGAAGAAGAAAUGACAGAGGAAGAAAAAGCAGCACUAAAGGCAAAACCUGUCGCCACAAACCCAAUUCCUGGUACUCCCUGGUGUGUAGUCUGGACUGGAGAUGACCGUGUGUUUUACUACAAUCCCACCACACGACUGUCCAUGUGGGACCGACCUGAGGAGCUAGUGGGUCGUGCUGAUGUGGACAAAUACAUUCAAGAACCCUCCCACAAAAGGGGGGUAGAUGACAACAAGAAAAUAGGUUUCAACAAAGAGGAUAUCGACACAGCCAUAGAAGACACCCUGGAUGAUGAGCCUUCUAAGGCUAAGAAGAGAAAGACGGACGGUAUGAAGGAGGCUGACGCAGAGAAAGACGUGGCCAUGGAGGCCGAACUGAAGGCUGCUCGCGAUCGGGCCCUGGUGCCCCUGGAGGUCCGCAUGAACCAGUUCAGGGACAUGCUGCUGGAGAGAGGGGUUUCAGCCUUUUCCACUUGGGACAAAGAGCUGCACAAGAUUGUGUUUGACCCUCGAUAUUUGCUGCUCAACCCCAGAGAGAGGAAACAGGUGUUCGAUCAGUACGUGAAGACUCGUGCUGAAGAGGAGAGGAAGGAGAAGAAGAAUAAACUCAUGCAGGCUAAAGAUGACUUCAGGAAGAUGAUGGAAGAUGCCAAACUUCACAUGAGGACCACAUUCAGUGAGUUUGCAGCAAAACACUCUAAGGAUCCUCGCUUCAAGGCCAUUGAGAAGAUGAAGGACAGAGAGGCCAUAUUCACAGAGUUCAUGACAGCCUUGAGAAAGAAGGACAAAGAAGACUCCAAAAACAAAGUAGAAAAGGUGAAGCAGGACUUCUUCGAUUUACUGUCAGACCACCAUGUGGACGUCUCUCAGCGCUGGGGCAAAGUGAAGGACAAGGUGGAGACGGACCCACGCUACAAAGCCGUGGAGAGCUCAGCUGCUAGAGAGGAACUGUACAAACAGUAUGUGGAGAAACAGGCGAAGAAUGUGGACGCAGAGAAGGAGAAAGAGCUGGAACGGCAGGCUCGUAUCGAGGCCAGUCUGAGGGAGAGAGAGCGGGAGGUGCAGAGAGCUCGAUCUGAACAAACCAAAGAGAUUGACCGAGAGCGAGAGCAGCAUAAACGAGAGGAAGCUGUCCAGCACUUUAGAGCACUCAUGUCAGAUAUGGUUAGGUCAACGGAUGCUUCCUGGUCAGAAACGAGGCGCAAUCUGCGUAAAGACCACCGCUGGGAGUCUGCUGCUCUGCUGGAGCGACAUGAGAAGGAGAAAUUGUUUGAAGAACAUGUGGAGGCUCUUACCAAGAAGAAGAAGGAACAUUUCAGGCAACUGUUGGAUGAGACCUCCAUGAUCACCCUAACAACCACGUGGAAGGAAGUGAAGAAGAUCAUCAAAGAUGACCCACGCUGCAUCAAGUUCUCCAGCAGUGAUCGAAAGAAACAACGGGAAUUUGAAGAUUACAUAAAGGACAAAUACAUCACAGCCAAAGCUGACUUCAGAACUCUCCUGAAAGAAACCAAAUUCAUCACGUAUAGAUCACGGAAGUUGAUCCAAGAUUCAGACCAGCACUUAAAAGAUAUUGAGAAAGUCCUUCAAAAUGAUAAACGUUUCCUGGUCCUAGACUGCGUCCCAGAAGAACGCCACAAACUCAUCAUGUUCUACAUUGAGGACUUGGACCGCCGGGGACCCCCACCUCCCCCAACUGCCUCAGAACCCAGCCGCCGCUCCACAAAGUGAAGCCCUAGUGGACCUUAGAGGACUGAGCAUGAGCCAGCCAUGCACUCAUCAUAGCACAGUGUUAAUGACUUUUACUUAUGAAACGUCUGUGUUAUAUACUCAAACUGUGCAAGAUGAUGCCCACUAGUUGUAGGCUAGCACAAGGCAAAUUGUUAAUGUCAAUCUAUGAACUUCAGUCGCCAGGCAGGGAAUGCAUUUGUACAUGUUACUUGCACUUGGUACUGCAGCCUCUUGUGAGAGUCUUGUGGAUUAUCAGUUGUGACAGGCUGUUAAUCCAACAGGCAGAACAUGUGCAGUACAUGUGAAAUGUUUCUUAAAGUGGUUUAAUUUGGACUUGUUGCUAUAUUUCUGUAUGUUCAAUGGAAAUAAAUGCAAACUUUUUGUUUUUUAGCAA